UCUAUAUUGAGAAAUUAGCAAUUAAAUUUUGUUAGCAGAUUCUUCAAGACCACUUUGUUACAACAACCUGUAAUGAGAAGAAGAUCAAUUACACCAAUAUUUCCACCUCCAGGAUAUAACUUAGUAAUUCCAGAUUGGCCAGUUGAACAAUUUAUGUUAAGAAUAGGAAAAGGCUGUUCAGAUUAUGCUGAUAAAUUUGAAAAACUUAAUGAAGUAUUUGAAGCAGAUAGAGUACUAUCUUUUUUAAUAUUUAGCAUUAAAUGAAAGAGAAGGGUAUCCCUCCGAAAGUCAGAAAAUAUUUAUUGUCAAUCAAAGAGUAAUUACGUCGAGGAGUACUUACUUUCGAAUAUUUAGAAAGAAGAACGUCAGUCACAAUACCCAAGAAAAAGGUAACAAAAAAAUGAGUUUAUAUUCAUGGUAUAGUCUAUAUAGUUUUAUCAGCAAACUGUCAUUUAGAGUUAUUACUAGAAAUUUAUUCAAAUAUAGAAACAGAUUAUCA